CAGUUGUUGAGGCUCCACUGAGAGUCACACACAAUAUUUUCUCGUGUCUCUCUAAAAGUGAUUUUUUAACAAUAAACUUUGUAUAUUUGCCACGCAAUCAUCGUGAAUAAAGUUGUGCAGAAUGGCUGUGUGACCUUUUGCACAGGUUGUGUGAUGGAAUUAAAAUUAAAAUAAAGUACCCAACAAGUUAAGAGAAAUAAAUAAAUUGGCGUGGGGAAAGGUGAAGCAGAAUGAGGCUUCGUAAUCCUCUGCUGUUGGCUGCAGACAACUUUUGAACAAAUAGAACCUCGUAACAUAAAGAAAACAUAUUUUCCUGUGUGUGGUCGCAUUUCAACAGGUGCGACACGAUUUUCCAGUACGAAAAAAAUAAGUGAAUGCGACCCACAGGGAACUCUCAAUCGUGCUAAAGUGUCGAAGGCCACAAAUUGUGGAAGAAAACACAGAGAAGAUUAGCCACAGAAGGGGCAUAGAUCAAUUGGAAAUUUUUUUUGCGCAAUUUUGGCGCCAAGAAAAUUCAUCUUUGUGUGUGUGAGAAAAGUGCUUUGUGAGUUGCAGAAAAGAUAAAGAUAAAAGAAGAUUUUUGCGGGAAUUUCGCUGCGACGCGCUCAUGUGGAAGAAUGCACCAUUGGCUGCUGACUUUCAAUAGGAAAGACAAUCAAUUUGACGCUCAACAUCCCACCGGAAGUUGCACUUAUCAACCCCUCGCACAGUCAGAUCCCGAAGUAAACGACAUGAAGCUCGCCUGGUCCCUACAAGAUGAACUGAUGGACAACUCCAGCAGUAGAAGAUGGAACUACAAGAAAAUAGGAAUUAUUUCCGCAGUUGUGGUUGUGAUCCUCGUUGCAAUUAUCGUGCCCGUUGUCCUGCUAACGGGUAAAGACGACCCAGAGCCAUCUACCGAGAAAACCCCAAUUGAUCUCGAUGACGUCCUCACGGGACGUUUAGCGGCACGACGCUUCAACGGAACGUGGAUAAGUGAUCACCACGUGCUCCUCCGUGAUGAUGGUGGGGAUGUUGUGAUCUACGAUGCUGCGGCAAAGAGCCGAAGGAUCUUGGUGAGCACGCAGAAUGAGAAGCUAGCUGAGGGGGUGAAGUUUGAUCUGUCUCCAGAUCAGAACUACCUCCUCGUUGCGACGCAAUACAAGAAAAUCUUCCGGCACAGCUUCUUUGCGCUGUACGACAUUGUUGACCUACAGACGGGAACAACGCAUCCGGUUACAGUUGGUGGUCUCCAGGUUCCCAUAAUGUACGCCGAGUGGAAUCCAACCACCAAUGCGUUGGUCUUUGUGCACGCCAACAACAUCUUCUACCUCCCAACAAUUGGAGGAGUUCCCAUUCAGAUAACCUUCGAUGCUAAUCCUGCAAUCUACAACGGAGUCCCGGACUGGGUGUACGAGGAGGAAGUCUUCUCGUCCAAUUCAGCCCUCUGGUUCUCUCCGGAUGGUCAGCAUUUGGCCUUUGUGCACUUUGACGAUACCCCAACGCAACUCAUGCACAUCCCCUACUAUGGCCCACCGGGAAAUCAGGAGUUCCAGUACACAGCCGGCAUUGCUAUUCACUACCCCAAAGCGGGAACAAACAAUCCCACCGUCACAGUUCAUGCUGUGGAUCUGGGACGUAUUUCUGAGGGACGACCGGAACUUGUGAACCUGCCAGUGGUACAGGAAGUCGCUGCUGAGGAUCACCUCAUUACGGCCGUUAAAUGGGCCACCAGUGAGACCGUUGUGACCGUCUGGAUGAACAGAGUUCAGAACAGGUGCUACAUUGCAACCUGCAACGCCAAUACAGGAGCUUGUCAGACUGUCCUACCUAUUACUUCACCAGAUGGUUGGGUGGAAUUCUUUGAUUCUCCACACACGAAUGGUGAUGGCACUGAACUAGCUUUCAUUGCCUCCCAGCCACAAGCUGGUGAUGCAGGUUCCUACCGUCACCUAACUAUCCUAAAUAUCGCCUCGAGAACAGCACGAUCUGUCACAAGUGGCCGAUUUGUGGUGACUGAAGUCCUCUACUGGGACUCAACGUCAAAUGUGAUCUUCUUCAUGGCAAACACAGAAACUAACUCAGAGCACCUUCAUCUGCAUGCAAUCAGAGCUUCAGCAGGUGCACAGAUGCAAUGCAUCACGUGUGAUCUGCCUGAGAGUCAGGGUCAUACCUACUUUAGUGCCACUUUCGCACCUAAAGGACAAUUCGUAACGAUCACCGCAUCCGGACCGAUCCUACCGCGUGUUGAUCUCUAUUCGUGGGAAGCAAAUGCCCAAGGACACGUCACACUGACGCAUUCCGUUGAAUGGGAAUCUAAUCCGGAUGUCAAGGAACUCUUGGAGAAAAGCCUCACACCAACAGUUGAGAAGCACGAAAUCACCCUGGACAGCGGAUUUACAGCCAAAGUCCUAAUGCUCCUACCACCCAAUAUUGAUCGCUCAAAGAAGUACCCAAUGCUGAUUGAUGUCUACGGCGGUCCGGAUUCGUACAAUGUCGUGGAUCGUUGGUCCAUGGACUGGGGUGCCUUCCUGGUGGUUAAUCGAUCUGUGAUCUACACGAAAAUUGAUGGGAGAGGAAGUGGACUGAGAGGUGAUAAGCUCCUCCAUCAAAUCUACCGAAAUCUAGGCUCAGUUGAGGUUGAAGAUCAAGUUGAGACAGCUAGAAAACUGCAGCAAAUGCACUCCUUUAUCGAUAGCACACGUACAGGGAUUUGGGGAUGGAGCUAUGGUGGCUAUGCCAGUGCAAUGGCCCUUGCAAGGGAUGGAAAUACCACUGAGAAUGGAAAAGUACUCAAUUGUGCUGCUUCAGUGGCACCUGUAACUGAUUGGACUUACUACGAUUCAAUCUACACGGAGCGUUACAUGGGCCUUCCGACGGUGGAAGACAACAGAGAUGGGUACGAUAGAUCCCGUUUGAGCACCCUUUACGCCAAUUUCCGCUCCAAGAAAUUCUUCCUCAUUCACGGAACUCUCGACGACAACGUUCACUACCAGCAGGCAAUGGCCCUGUCCCGGAGUCUUGAGCAGAACGACGUGGCCUUCAAGCAGCUCACGUACCCCGAUGAAGAUCACGGGCUUGCUGGUGUUCGUCCACAUCUCUACCACUCACUGGGGCGCUUCUUUGACGAAUGCUUCGCCCCCGGUGGCGGCGUCUGACGCCUCCCACGUGCCAUCCAAACCCCCACCCGCCCAGCCGUCCGUCAUGGGGGACACCACCCGCAUUCCACGGGGCUCACAUGCCUCGAAGGCUAGUCAGGGGAGCUAAAAAAACCUAAUUGGGGCGUCGCGUUUCGCCGUAAAAUUGUUGAUACUUUUUUUUCUCAACAUGCCCGUCUUAUAAAAUGCCGUUCUAAAAUAAAAUUUGAAUUUUAAGUUAUCAA